AUGUCCUACAGGCUUUCUCAACUCGCGCCCCUUCCUGAGCUGAGACAUGUGCAAAUAGGAAAGACCAUUGGCCACGGAGGCUUUGGCGUUGUUAAGUCCGCUGUAUUCGAGAAAAAUGGGAUAUCGAAAGUCAUAGCCGUGAAGUUUGUUCACCUCGACAUGGCUCGCCAACAGAAUGUGACCGCAGACAUGCUUGCGCGGGAGGCGUUCAUUCAGAGGGAAUGCAGGCAUCCGAACGUGAUCCAGCUGAUAGAUUUUGGCGCAGAUAUCAAUUGGGUCUGGUUUGCCAUGGAACUAGGAAGCAACGGUGAGUUGUUUGACAAGAUCGAGCCUGAUCUGGGGGUUGACGAGGACGUCGCCCAGUUUUACUUCAGACAGCUCAUAAACGCAGUAUCCUUUAUUCAUUCCAAAGGCGUUGCACACCGUGACAUCAAGCCGGAAAACCUCGUUAUCGAUAAGAACGGAAAUCUAAAACUAACGGACUUUGGGCUAGCCAGCGUAUUUAAAAAAAGAAAUGGCUCCAAGAGAAUGUGCACCACAGCAUGCGGCUCGCCUCCUUACCUUGCUCCAGAGGUGGUCUCUCAAAAUUAUGACCCCGAGCCGUCGGAUGUGUGGUCCUGCUGUAUAGUUCUCUUUGUGCUUCUCACAGGGCAAAUUGCCUGGGAGAUGCCACACGAGGAAGACACAGACUUUCGCUACUAUAUGGAGAGGAAGGGAGAAGUUCUGAUCUCUCCGUGGAACAAGAUUCCUCUAGGCGCUCUUUCGCUGCUGCGCAAAGUAUUGGUUCUUGAGCCUUCGAAUAGAUUAAGCAUCGAAGAAAUUAGGAAACAUCCCUGGGUGGCCAAGAAAAACAAGUUUGCGGACCAAAACGACAUGUGCAAAGAUCCGAUGCGUCUCACCACCAGCUUGCUGGUCAACCUUUACAUUAACCUUUCGGACGCGGAAUUUAACAAGAUUAGCCAGAUGUCCACCCAGAUCAGCAGACCGUCAGCAGGAACGCAACCGCCAACGUACGUGAUGGACGAUACGCAGCCCGCCGAGAUCUACAAGGAAAACUUCUGGCCGAUUGGCGGCUUCUCUGCUUCGCAGGAGGUCUACACUGAGCACUCGAAACGCCGCAAGCUCAAGGAAGACCUGGGUGAUGACGAUCUUAUAUUUGCCACGAUCUCCAAAGACCCUGCAUCCUUGCAAUUCCUAAGGCCCGAUUCUGUCGUCAAUAGAGAGAAACUAAUCAACGCCAAGAUGAGCAACCUGCGAAUAGAGCAGCAAAGGUGUCCAGCUCUCUUCGCCGAAAGUCUCACUAGGUUUUUCAGUACAGUUGCUUUGGAUCAGCUGCUGGUCACAAUUCUGGAGGCAUUGAGCAAGCUUGGACUUCGCAGUCACUCGGGUGAGGACGCCAGCGAGCUCUACGUGGAAAAUCUACGCAAGAAUGACCUUCUCAGCGGAUUGAUCACUAUCCCUAUCAAUGGCCGAGACUCCAGCAAAGCACCUAUAGUCGGUAACAUCAAGGUGAGUCGAAUGGCCGACAAUCUGGACGUACGGAAGGUUGAGUUUCUGAAAAUUAAAGCAGACCCGCUGGAAUGGAGAAGAGUUUUCAAACGAGUCACAAUCCUCUGCCGUGACGUUGUGUAUGUUGAAAAAUAG